AAAAAAGAAAUUGCAUGCACGUACGAACCACAGCCAUUGAUUUGUGGUAGAAGAGCGAAAGCACACGUUUACCUGAGCGAAAAUUUGAUUUUUUUGGGAGACGCUUUGAUUUCUAAAGCAGAAGUUAAGGAUUCGUAUGAUGGGCAGUUUCAGUUUGUCGGGAACUUUUUUUCUCGGAGACUGCUAAAUCACAAUUGGAUAAUCUUGCUUUGGAGAAGUCCUCUUCAUGUUGUUCUUGUUACUGAAGACUAUGCAUAGUAGAAUCUUCUCAAAUGGUAGAUAAAUUUUCCGCUCUUGGCAUUCUAUAAGUUAUUUAUGCUCUUUAGUUAAAAGGGUUGCAACUAAAGUCUCACUGAAGGGGAAAGAAAUAGAUGCCAUUUCGUCCUUCUUACGUGAAAUGAGGUUGGUGACAAUUUGAAAUAACUCAUCGUUCUUCCCUUAGAAAAAACUCGCUUUUCUACGGAGCUGCCUUAUAAAGAUAGAGUUUGAUCUAAUUAUAGAAAUUGUAUAGGGAGAAGAAAUGAAUCACUGUUGCUUUUCAUCGUUCUCGAGCUCCAAAUUUCAUCUCUUUUAUCAUUCGCAGAAUCAAAAUGCCAUGAAAUUUCACCUUCCUUUUCCCUUUAGAUUCUUCUAUACUUCUUCACAUUCUCUCCUUCCUCCCUUAUGUUCCCAUGAAUCAUCCUUCCCACCUUCACUUGUCCUAGAAAAACCCGAAGCCUCAACAUCUUCAUCAAAGGCCAGGAGCCAAAAUGAAUUGUACAAUGAUGACAUUGUUGAAGAGAUAAAAAUUGCAAAAAAGUCCCUGGAAAAGUUACCUGUAGUUCGUAGGCCAGUAAUGGAGACUCCCGUAGAAGGAGAAGAAGAACAAGAACAAGAACAAGAACAAGCAAAUGAUACCGAGAUUUCAAAUGAACAAAGUGUUAUUGUCCUUGAGGAGCAGUCAUCUUCUUCGUUAUUUUCCAUCGAUGCUGGGCUCUCAAGAUUUGCUAGGAAGAUGCCAAUUUUUGAGCCUGACAGGGUGGAAUCAACUUCUGGAGAGAAGAUACUGAAAGUGAAUUUGGAUUUGUCCUUGUACAAAGCAAAACUAUUGGCACGGAAUUUCCAGUAUGCAGAAGCAGAAAAGAUACUUUUAAAAUGUAUAUAUUACUGGCCGGAAGAUGGAAGGCCAUAUGUGGCCUUGGGCAGGAUAUUAAGUAAGCAAUCAAAAGUGAUGGAAGCCAGAUCAGUUUAUGAAAAAGGUUGCCAAGCUACACUAGGAGAAAACGCCUACAUUUGGCAGUGCUGGGCUGUUCUGGAAAAUAGAAUGGGUAAUAUAAGGAGAGCUAGAGAAUUAUUUGAUGCUGCCACAGUUGCUGAUAAGAGGCAUAUUGCAGCCUGGCAUGGAUGGGCAAUAUUAGAGCUGAAACAGGGAAAUAUACAAAAGGCAAGGAAUCUUCUUGGCAAAGGCCUCAAAUAUUGUGGUGGAAACGAGUACAUUUACCAAACCUUAGCAUUGCUUGAAGCUAAGGCAAAGAGAUAUGAGCAAGCCCGCUAUUUAUUCAAACAAGCAACAAAAUGUAACCCAAAGAGUUGUGCUAGCUGGCUUGCUUGGGCUCAGCUAGAGGCAGAAUUAGAGAAUAACCAUGCUGCUAGGAAGCUUUUUGAGAAAGCAGUCCAAGCGAGUCCAAAAAAUAGGUUUGCAUGGCAUGUCUGGGGAGUUUUUGAAGCCAGUUUCGGAAAUAUUGACCAAGGGCGGAAACUUCUGCAGAUAGGCUACAUUCUAAAUCCUAGAGAUCCAGUUCUCCUUCAGUCACUUGCUUUGAUAGAAUACAAAUACUCUAGUGCAAAUCGUGCUAGACUGUUGUUCCAAAGAGCUUGUGAAUUGGAUCCAAGGCACCAGCCAGUGUGGAGUGCUUGGGGCUGGAUGGAGUGGAAAGAAGGAAAUAUUUCCACUGCAAGGGAACUAUACCAGAAAGUGUUGUCUAUCAAUUCAUCAAAUGAUCAUGCCGCUCGCUGUCUUCAGGCCUGGGGUGUUUUGGAGCAGAGAGUUGGUAACAUUUCUGCGGCUCGAAGACUAUUCAGAUCUUCUUUGAACAUUAAUUCUCAAAGCUAUGUGACAUGGAUGACUUGGGCAGCUUUAGAGGAAGAGCAAGGAAAUUCUGUGCGUGCAGAGGAAAUUCGAAACCUCUAUUUUCAGCAGCGGACCGAUGUGGUUGAUGACGAGUCCUGGGUUAUGGGAUUCCUAGACAUCAUUGAUCCGACUAUUGACAGAUUGAAAAGAAUCUUCAACUUGGAUCAGAAUUCUUUCGUCAAGGCCUCGGAUUCCUCCAAAAGUGUAACGGGAACUGAUGAUAAUUCCAGCAGUGAAGAACCAGAUACCAAUGGCAGUAGGUUAGAUACUGCCAGUGGCUUCAACUUGGAUAAAUUCAUCCGCGAAAACCUAUCUUUGGAGCCCUCGAAACUCGAGGGUCAGUUUGGAUGGUGUCUUAGACAAGACCCAAAGAACAUCAGACCUCCAAGGCAGGUUUGGCAAAAGAGAGAGAGUACUUCCCAGAAAUCUCCAAAGCUUUGAUUUUGAGUUCAUAUUUGCUUAGUUAGUCUGCAGAUUGAUAUAUAUGAAUCAUGGCCACUUCUGUAAAUUUAACAGGCAGAUUGAUAUUUGAAUGUGUAUUAUUUUAUAGUAAGAAGGUGGUGUAUGUAAUGAACAUUGGGAACAAAAGAUCAUCAACUUUGUAUAA